CAUAACUGCUCGACUGAUUCUCUUUCAAUUAAAUCCCUGUGGCAUUCACUACGUUAACCGUUGCUCUUAAUUAACGGAACGAUGUCGGGAAAUCUAGAUAUUCUGUCCCUGAAGGAGGACGAUGUCACCAAGAUGUUGGCCGCAACAACCCACAUCGGAAGCACCUCGGUGAACUUCCAGAUGGAGCAGUACGUGUACAAGCGUCGCUCGGAUGGUGUGCACAUCAUCAAUCUGGGCCGUACGUACGAGAAGCUGCUGCUGGCCGCUCGUUGCAUUGCCAGCAUCGAGUACCCGGGAGAGGUCUACGCCAUCUCUUCCCGUCCGUAUGGUCAGCGUGCCGUACUGAAGUACGCCCACUACACGGAGGCAACCCCAAUUGCCGGACGUUUUACGCCCGGUGCCUUUACUAACCAGAUCCAGACCGCUUUCCGUGAGCCGCGUCUGCUGAUCGUCACCGAUCCGCUGACUGAUCAUCAGCCCGUGACGGAGGCGUCCUACGUCAACAUUCCGGUCAUUGCGUUCUGCAACACCGAUUCGCCGGUGAAGUUCGUCGAUAUCGCUAUCCCGUGCAACACCAAGUCGACGCAUUCGAUCGGUCUGAUGUGGUGGCUGCUGGCCCGCGAGGUGUUGCGUCUGCGCGGCAAGAUUACCCAUGACCGUUGGGAUGUCAUGCCCGAUCUGUUCUUCUUCCGCGAUCCGGAAGAGGCGGAGAAGGAACAGGCUGCCAUCGAGGCUGCCGCACCGGUCGUUAAGGACCUUCCGGAUGAGGUUGUCCCUGCGGAGGAGCCGACCACCUGGGGCGAAGAUGUGACCCAGACCGCACUGGUCAUGCCCCAGGCAAUGAAGCCGUUGGCUGCUGGUGGCGGUAACGAUGACUGGAACGAGGAUGAUACCGCACCGGCCGCACCUGGUGCCGUGUCGUGGGGUGGUGCCGGAUUCUAA